AUUGCACAUUGAACUGCGUGAGGAUCCAGCUAUACCUCUCUUGGGCAUAUACCCAAAAGAUGCCCCAAUAUAUAAAAAAGACACGUGCUCCACUAUGUUCAUCGCAGCCUUAUUUAUAAUAGCCAGAAGCUAGAAAGAACCCAGAUGCCCUUCAACAGAGGAAUGGAUACAGAAAAUGUGGUACAUCUACACAAUGGAAUAUUACUCAGCUGUCAAAAACAAUGACUUUAUAAAAUUCAUAGGCAAAUGGUUGGAACUGGAAAAUAUCAUCCUGAGUGAGGUAACCCAAUCACAGAAAGACAUACAUGACCCAGAACCUCCAGGUUUGCCUGCCAAACAGCAGCAGGCCUCUCAGCAGGCAUCCACAGCAGCAGAUCCUACUCUCAAAAUUAAUCCCUCCCUGACAGAGUUGAAAGCCCUGGUCCACAAGGAGCCGGACAAGAAUUCAUUAUUCCUAGAAGAAAAGGCUGCCCCACCCUUACAGGCUGCAAGCAUAAAACUGAGAGUUAUGCUCGCCUUUACUGGCAUGGGUACCUGCAAGGGGUGUGAGAAGAGGUACUGCAAGGUGAGGACCCUAUUGUCUAUCUCUGAGUCCCCUGAGAGGAGCAGCAAGUCUGCUGCAUCUGAGACACCGCCAGAACCUGAAGGGACCGACCAGAUAAACAGUUCUCUGCACCCAAAUCCUGUGGGAGGGAGAGCUAAACCUUCAGAGAGGCAGACACGCCUGGGAAACCAGAAGACACUACGCUCUGCCCACAUCUCUGACUCCAGAGGAAAUCACCAAACGCCAUCUGGAACCCUGGUGCACGGAAGCUCCCGGAAAGGGCAGCGCAGAUCUUCCUGGUUGCUGCCCCCGUGGAGAGCUCAAAAGCAACACCCCACGAGCAAACUUGAGCCUCGGGACCACAGGAAGAGACAAGGAGCCGUAGAUACAAGCAUCACCAACAGAAUACAAGAGAUAGAAGAGAGAAUCUCAGGAGCAGAAGAUUCCAUAGAAAUCAUCGACUCAACUGUCAAAGAUAAUGGAAAGCGGAAAAAGCUAUUGAUCCAAAACAUACAGGAAAUCCAGGAAUCAAUGUGAAGAUCAAACCUAAGGAUAAUAGGUAUAGAAGAGAGUGAAGACUCCCAGCUCAAAGGACCAGUAAAUAUCUUCAACAAAAUCAUAGAAGAAAACUUCCCUAACCUAAAGAAAGAGAGGCCCAGAAACAUAUAAGAAGCCUACAGAACUCCAAAUAGAUUGGACCAGAAAAGAAACACCUCCCGUCAAAUAAUAGUCAAAACACCAAAUGCACAAAAUAAAGAAAGAAUAUUAAAAGCAGUAAGGG